AUGGGCCGCCACAGUCUUGAAUACCCCAAAGAUGCCCUCAACAAGGUCAAGCGCCACGGCGAGCGAGGCGUCUACGCCCUGGAGCAGAUCCACGGCCUCGUCAACGCCUCGCACCUAAUCCACCUAUCCAUGGCCGUGCCGGACUCGCCCUUUCCCGUGACGCUGCCCAUGAUCGGGCAGAUGGGGUCCUUUGCGCGGCCGUCAGCCUCGCUCGGGGACCCGCUCGACCUCUACCUGCACGGCUGGGUGUCCGGGCGCAUGUUCCACCUGGGGUCGUCGCUGCCCGUGUGCGUGUCCGUCGCGCACCUCGACGGCCUCGUGCUCUCCCUGUCCGCCUUCAACUCGAGCUACAACUACCGCUCCGCCGUGCUCUUUGGCCACGCCGCGCUCGUCACCGACCCGGACGAGAAGCUGUACGCCCUGCGCCUGAUUACCGACUCGGUCGUGCCGGGCCGCUGGGACCGGUCGCGGCUGCCGCCCACCGCCGCCGAGCUACAGAGCACGUCCGUGCUGCGCGUCACCAUUGCGUCGGGCAGCUUGAAGGCGAGGGACGGCGAGACGGGCGAUGACAAGCACGACUUGGAGAAUGAGCUGCUGAGGGAGAGCGUGUGGACCGGCGUGGUGCCCGUGCAUCAGGUGUUUGGAGAGCCCGUCCCAUCGUCGUAUAACAAAGUCGACGAGACGCCGGCGUAUAUCACAGAGUAUGCAACGGAGACGACGAACAAUAAUAGCGAGUAUGCGGUCAAUGCUAUAAAGGCGCAGAAAAAGUAA